UCAGAGGUGCUACUUGACCCGCUGAGUUAAUCCAGCACUUUGUGCCUUUUUGUUGUGAAGCAGCAUCUGCAGUUCCACGUUUCUGCAUCUUCACACUGAACACUUGCAGCCGAAUUACAUUCAUUCCCCGAGACGGCAGCGUGAGCAGUGAACACACGCGGUACUGCAGGAGGGGGUCAGCAGUUUAGGGAAAGGGAAUCCUCUUUUGAACCAAAGAUCCUAUAGCAGAGCUAUGCUAUAGGCUCUUUGUUUUGAACCAGGAAGUGGAUAGUUAAAAUGGUUUCGAACGACCAGGCCGAGAGUUGGACGGCGGAGAUAAUUUGUCCCUUCUGCCUGAAUUUCUUCACCGAUCCGGUGGCGCUGGAGUGCGGGCACAACUUCUGCCGCUCAUGCAUCACACAGAGUUGGGACAGGGAGGGGAGAAACUCCUGCCCGGAAUGUAGAGAGCAGUUUACAGACCGCACCCUCAGGGUGAAUCGGGCUUUGGCGAGACUGUCUGAGAAAGCUCGAACACUGGGCCCGAAUCGGACAGAGAAGGAAAGUAAACUUCAGUGCGAGGAACAUCAGGAAGAACUGAAGCUGUUUUGUGAAACUGACAAGAAGCUGAUCUGUGUGAUUUGUGCAGCCGGGCAGGAACACAAAGCUCACAACUUCACGCUGAUAGCAGAAGCUGCAGAAUUCUACAAGGAUCAGGUGAAAUCUUCCUUCGAAUCUCUCACAAAAAAGGAAUCAGAGAUCCAGCAAAUGGAGCAGCAACAGAAACAGAAGAUUUCUGGAGUUCUGGAACAGUCACACAACCUUCAGUCGAAAAUCACAUCCCAGUUUGCUGAACUGCACAAGGUUCUCACUGAGAAAGAGCAGCGCGUACUGGCAGAUAUCCGGGAGCAAGAGAAGAAGAUUCUAAAUACUUUGGAGAAAAAUCUUGGAGAGAUUCAAGAGAAUUUAAAAUCUAUUCAGCAGGAUCUAUUUAAGUUGCAGCAACAGAUGGAUCAAAAAGACAGUGUGGUGUUUCUGAAGGAGGAAGUUGGUCGCAAGCGAAGGGUUCGUGAUGAAGCCAAACCACUGUCAGUGGUGGAUAAAGUCUUACCGAUUGAAAAGUUUCAUUGCCCUGUUUCAGUCAACACGGCAUUCAAAGAAAUACCUGAUGACUUCAAGCAAGUCUCCAUCACAUCCCUGGAUGUGGAAACAGCGCAUCCGCGGCUCGAGGUGUCUGAGGAUCGGAAGAGGGUGAGAUGGAACUGGACCCGGUGGCGUCUCCCUGACACCGGGAAGAGGUUUACAGUCAGUCAUUGUGUGCUGGGAUCGGAGGGAUUCACAUCGGGGAGACAUUACUGGGAGGUGGAGGUGGCGGGGAGUCGGGGCUGGAGUCUGGGAGUCGCCGCAGAGUCUGUGGAGAGGAAGAGAGGGGUCAUACUGACCCUGGAGACUAGAGUCUGGAGGAUUGAGCGUUGUGAUGAUGGGUUGAAUGCACUCACCUCCCCUCCAUCCCGUCUCCCCGCCCGUCCCAUUCCCAGGAGGGUGGGAGUUUAUCUCAGUUACGAGUCCGGGACAGUUUCAUUUUACGACGCGGACACCAAGUCCCAUCUCUACACCUUCACUGGGAAUAAAUUCAUGGAGAAACUUUAUCCUUUAUUCUGGCCUUGUAAUGUAAAUCAGUGGCUGAGAAUCUGCUCCGGUUCCGCUCCGGGUGUGUAAAAGGGUCGAGUCCCGGGACCGGCGUGAGGAGCGGGGCUCAGGGGCUGUGGGCAGAAACCCAGUGGACAACAGGUCGGCGCUGAACGGCUCCCAUUUAAUCUCAAAAUUCCGCGUCGUGAAACCCCAGCGAGCGCGGAAAUAAAACCAGGGGGAAUGUAAAUGUGGGAAGAGUGAAAUAAACAGCAACUGAAAUCA